GGUAAAUUAACCUGUAGGUUUUAAUUACUUCUGUGGGAAAUGGAUUUGGAUAUGUUGAUAUUUUGUUGUUUAAAAGUUCUUUCAGCAUUACAGAGCUGUAAUGUUUAAAACUUUGUGUCCGAACAUUGUUUAAUCAUUAGACCAAAGUGCUUAAAAUACAUCCACGCGAACAUAAGCUCAAAGAGAAAACUUUAAAGGGCAUUUUUACACCCUGAACCUAUAUUUCCCAGCCCUCUUCCGUUACACAAACGCAACGUCGGUUUGGUUCUGAGCUAAUCGCCACCACUACCCGGCCUGUGAUUGGUCCACUUCUCCAUCGGUCACUCCGGAGAAACGCCAGCUUAAAGGGGCCAGACGCGGUCGCCAUCAGCCAAUGGCAGCGCGGUUCUAUUAUGACACAGCGGAAUUCCGCGAAAUUGUUUCUUGGAGUUGAGAGAACUGUCUGUUGAUCGCGGUAAAAUAGGACAAGUGGAACACUGGAGUGGGAACACACAGAACGACGCAACAGACGCCUGGGACGGUAGCGCAAACGGAAAAGAGAGAGAGAGAGAAAGAGAGAAAGAGGAAAAGAAAGAAGACGAAGAAGAGAGGAGCACGACUGCUAUCUUUCCUGAGGCAGCGUUUAUUUAUCCGUCCAGCAUCCUCCAGAAGAAAACGUUCCGUCUUCGCAGGACGGUCACUGUGAGGACGGCGGACGACGUGCGGAUCAUUAGCCACGUCUCCAAGGAGGACUGCGGUCUCCCCGCGUUUCUCUGCCCCCUUUUUUUGGAUUGUUUCCUUACACUCCGCAGCAACUCUGCACACAGACUCUCUCCACUCCACCCUGAUCCGCUCCAGCGAUGUCGGAGGUUGACGUCUCCGUGGACCGCGUCCCCACUCGUCCUCUGGAGGAGACCGACGACGUGUUCAAAGAGAACCAAGAGAACGGCACGUUACUAAUGGUGGCGAUGAUUUUGUUGGACUUGAAGAAAUGCGGUCCAGACCCGAUCGGCGCCGGCGGGGAGGGCAGAUGUCUCGGCGGGGCCGGCGAAGCGGGAAGGCAGGAGAGGGAGAAGGAGGAGCGGGGGAGCAGCCGGGUGUCGCCGGUUCUGAAGGAGCCCCGCAACAAGGCGCCGGGGAGGACGGAGACCCCCGAGAAGAGGCACGGCUGCCCCUUCGCCGGCUGCGGGAAGAUGUACGGGAAGUCGUCCCACCUCAAAGCCCACCUCAGGGUCCACACCGGGGAACGGCCCUUCGAAUGCACCUGGCCGGACUGCAGCAAGAAGUUCUCCCGAUCGGACGAGCUCACGCGCCACUACCGCACUCACACGGGCGAGAAGCGCUUCAACUGUCCGCUGUGCGAGAAGUGCUUCAUGAGGAGCGACCACCUGACCAAACACGCCCGGCGGCACGCGGGCUUCCAUCCCAGCAUGCUGCAGGGCUCCAGCAUUGCCAAGAGACGGCGCUGCUCCACGUCCGUGUCCUCCUCUGACUCCGGGGGCCAAAGCCCUGCAGGAAUGUGAAACACCUCCUGGCGUUGUGUUUUAAAUCUCUAAAUUCAGAAGGGUGUUCAUUAGAAGGUAACAUACCCAGACGUACCUCCACAUGGAUCUCAGUCAGCCAGACAAAUAUUCAGGGACUUUCCUUUCACAUGUGCAACAGCGACCUUAUUCUCAUUUGACUAGAGCUCACUGACUCAUUCCCUGAGGUGAUUUAUAUUUAUUAAAGGUUGUUCAGGGUCUGACAGGGACGUCUAGUUAAUUCUUUUUUUUUUUCUUUCUCUUUUUGCCUUGUUUUAUUUUGAGCUUUUCUGAAAGAAUCUCACAUCAAAGUCAAGUUUAUGUACAUGAACAGUGUUGUUCUUAGAAACUCGACGUGUCGAAUCACGUUCCGUUCAAAGAUGAAGUGAGCAGCCAAACUACAGCAUCGUACCGCGGAUCCAAUCCUUGUCAGUUUGGACGUUUUGGAGCUAGUCCUUCAGUUCAUAGUGAAGAAUGAUACACAAUUUAUUUUACAGUUACCUUUGCGUCUAAUACAAUGUGAAUGCACUAUACAGCAGUAUUACCAUGUAAAUAUGUCAAACAGACAGGAUCUAGACUCAGAAUAGUAUAGUUAGUUGUUAUCAGAGUGUAAGUAGAAGUUAUAAUAUAGAGAGAUGCAGAUCUUAUUUAAUUUCCUAAACAUUUGGCUACAGACUUCAGCUGUGCUUCGAGCUGCUAAAACCGAAAUGUUUUUAUAUGCAAUGGCAAACUUGCAAAUACAUGCACGGACGAAAAAAUAAAUAAAAUGGAAAUAUAUUUUACAAUACUUCACCAAUCUUCAACAUUUGUGUUGUUUCAUACGGACCUCAACGGUGUUGGAGGCGCAGAAAAACAACAGGGUAAAAAAAAAAAAAAAAAAAAAAAAAAAA